ACUGCUGUCGUCCUCUAGCGUCUCGUGACAGCGGCUAACGUUGUUCUAGUCAGCUGAUAGCACCUCAACCGUCUCUGUUUAUAAAAGCCAUGUUAUUUAGCUAGUUUAAAGACACGAAAAUAUUUGCGAAUUAAUCUCAACGAGCCCUGAAGAUGUUGUCUCGUCUGCUGAAGGAGCACCAGGCGAAGCAAAAUGAGCGGAAGGAGCAGCAGGAGAGACGGAGGCGUGAAGCUAUUGCUGCAGCCACCUGCUUGACAGAAGCCCUGGUAGAUCACCUCAAUGUUGGAGUUGCCCAGGCAUAUGUGAACCAACGUAAGCUCGAUCACGAGGUGAAGACUCUCCAAGUGCAGGCGAGCCAGUUCUCCAAGCAGACUGCUCAGUGGAUCAGUAUGGUGGAGGGUUUCAAUCAGGCCCUAAAGGAAAUUGGGGAUGUGGAAAACUGGGCCCGCAGUAUUGAGAUGGACAUGAGGACCAUAGCCACAGCUCUGGAGUACGUGCACAAGGGUCAACUUCAGUCUGCUUCCUCAUAAACUUCACGGUGGGACAUUCACAGCUAAAACUGAACACACUGGAAUGAAAGAGAAUUCCAGUUGACUCCAGUCAGCACGAUGCAAACAGCAGUGACUUUGCUUGUCUGCAUGCUCCUUUUAGUGGGCUAAUGCAGAUCGGUUACUCUGUUCAGAGAAAUGUCAAAGUCUGAAAUGGCUCUAACAUCUGUUUAGCACUGAAUUAAAUUCAGUCUGUAAUUGGGGGGGAAAGAAAGCUAUGUGAGUUUGGAAUUUUGAAAGUGCCACAUGUAAAAACUCAGUUCACCUGCUUAUUGUAUGUUUAAGGGGUCACAGACAAAUUUGCCACACAUGUCCUUAUUUGUAGUUUCUCCUAAAAUUAUGAUCCUUAAAUUAUGUAUGUCUUUGGUUGUGUAUUUUAUGUCAAUGUAAAGUGAGAACUUCACUGCUUUUGUCAGACAACUUUUGUUACCAUUUAGAGAUGGAACGGUAUUUUUAAUAAACGUAACACACUAUUGUUUUUUCUUAUCAAACAAGGCUGAAUAGAUUUAAUCUACCACUGAAGUGUAUGUUUAUGUAAGGCUUCAUAACAGCUGUUAUGCAAAGUGGAAUUAAUAAGUACAAGGAAAAAUUUGCAUGAAGGACCUCAAGCAGGCUACUUAGAAAAAUCAGGAUCAGGUUUAUUGCCAGGUAGUUUUUCAUAUAUGGUGCAUAACAGUAAACAUAGUGGGGAAAAUUUAAGAUAUAAGACAGUACCGCAAACAGCCAAGAAGCAUAAAUAAAAAUUAAAAGGAAAAAAAAAGACAAUAAAAAUGUGAAAACAAA